GUUCAUCUUUUGUUGUUCAAGAUGGCGGCUGGCAUGUACCUGGAGCAUUAUUUGGACAGUAUAGAAAAUUUGCCUUUUGAACUUCAGAGAAACUUCCAACUAAUGAGAGACCUGGACCAGAGAACAGAGGACUUGAAGUGUCACAUAGACAGAUUGUCCUGUCAGUAUAUGAACAGCGCUCGAUCUAUGAGCUCUGAAGAGAAGCUUCAGCUCCUCAGACAAGUGCAAGAGGCAUACGGCAAGUGCAAAGAGUAUGGGGACGACAAAGUGCAGCUUGCAAUGCAGACAUAUGAAAUGGUGGACAAGCAUAUUCGCAGGCUGGAUACUGACCUUGCUCGCUUUGAAGCUGAUCUAAAAGAGAAACAUAUUGAGUCCAGUGACUAUGACAGCUGCUCCAGUAAAGGCAAAAAGAAGGGCAGAGGUCAGAAGGAGAAGAAAGCUGUAAAAGUCAGAUCAAAGGUGAAGAACUCAGAUGACGAGGCUCCAAAGAUCAACCAGAAGAAAAUCAAACUAGUCCAGACGGCAGAGUAUGGCACACCAGCUACAAAUUUUGGCAAAGUGCACCCCUCUGAUGUCCUGGAUAUGCCUGUGGAUCCAAACGAACCAACAUACUGUCUGUGCCAUCAGGUCUCCUAUGGGGAAAUGAUUGGCUGUGAUAAUCCAGAUUGCUCCAUUGAAUGGUUUCAUUUUGCCUGUGUUGGCCUCGCUACAAAACCUCGUGGUAAAUGGUUCUGCCCUCGCUGUUCUCAAGAGCGGAAGAAGAAGUGAGAGUUAAACCUUCUAUAACCUGAGGAGGGAGCAACAGAUAUACCGUGUUAUAUUUUACUGACUCCCCUUUCCUGGGGCUGGGGGUGUUUUACUGUCAGUAUUAGGAGAUGCCUCUUGCUUUACCUGGUAAACUGGUGCUGAUUUAUCACUGUAAGUGGCAGAGAUUUGUAUUAAUGUUACUAGGUUAAGCUUGGGUAAGGCGUCUGAUUUUUUAUUUUUAUUUUUUUAAAUCAUCAUUAUUAUUUUGAUCUAGGGGCAGUUUAGAUAUUCAGCCCUUGUAAUCACUCCAUUCACAAUUCCGGACUACUGUAUAUAUAAUCUGCCUGUGCUACAAAGUCAUAUCCUAUUUCUGCCCCCGUUGUUCUGCAUCUAUUCCCAUCCUAAAAUUGCAGGCCUUUAUUUCCAUGUUUCUUCUCUCGUGGAUCUCUGCCUCUUAGACUUUGUAGUACACUCCUCCAAUUUCACUCCCCUCAUUGUAGAAAUCCUUAAGCACUCAUAUGCCAUUCCUUAGCCACUUGUUUUCUUGAAACAGUCCUUAGGUACUCGCCUACUCUGCGCUGGCACUUGGCACCUGUGUGAUAGUAGACAAUCCUGCAGAAGCCCUAGAUAUCUGCACUGUGUGUUGUAACAUUUUAUAGGAGACCACAUGCUUUGCUUGCCAGUUACACUUUGUAAGCCCUCUUAUACACUACACGCUACUUUCACUAAGCACCAAACUGUUCAGAACUAAAGUCUGAAUGACAAAUUAUAGCUUAAAAUAACCAAGGUUUGAAUAUAGCUGUACUAGAAAAUCCCCAAUAUGUUUUUCAAUUCAUCAUCAUUCUCUGUUCAAUAAACAAACCACUCUGCCUGAUUUUAACAGUGCCUAGGCAGUCUCACACUGCAACCGAGUCACUUGCCUUCCUGUAACAGAUUCUAAGUAGCCACAUACACUACAACUUGGUCACUUGAGUUCCUGUAACAAUUUCUACGCACUCUCAUAUUCAAUAUUUCUGCUCUGCUUUUCUGUAACAUUCCCAAAAUAGGUGUCAGGAAGUUAUCUCAUUGCAACAAUUCCUUGAUACUUGCAUACACUACACUUCUCUGCCUUUCCUCCGUAUAACAAUCCCUAGGUAUUCACACGGUACAUUUUUGCACUGACAUACACUACGUCUCUGUCCUCAACAUAGCAACCUCCAUGCACUUGCAUGCCUGAUAACAUUUCUGUUCCGCCCCCAUGAAGCUGCAUCUCUGUCCUGAUAUCCUUAUUAUUAUUAUUAUUAUUAU